AAGCCAUCUUUCAACUACGACUUGGAUCUUUUCCUACUCACUAAACAAUACUUAGAUACCAAGAACCACCACGGUCUUGCACUCUUAGCCAGACAGAAAGGAAUUCCCCCUUUUCUAAGGUUCAAGGUGUGGCCCAUCUUGUUGAAAUACCAUCCAUUUGUGCUCAAUCCCAGCAACAGCAGCAACAGCAGCAGUAGUAAUUCUAGCUCUAAGAAUGAGUUGGAAGAAAUCAGGCAAAAAAUCAAGAAGGACUUAAGGAAGUAUAUCCAGAGAUUAAAGUACUCUUCAAGUAUUCUUAACAUUUCUGAAGUAGAGCACGAGAUGUUUAACAUAUUGGAGUCCUCGGUGUUAAAGUUCACAUUGAAGUGGGGAAAGAUCAUUAAGUACGAUCCCUCUUUAACUUGGAUAGCGCUCAACUUGGCUGAAUGGUUUCCCCCGAUUCCCAAGUCGGCGUGGGUUCUUCGUGGCAGAGACUCUUCUUCUCCUGACAAUGCGUUGAUUAUCAACAUCUUUGAUGACUACAGCAACUACAUUGACAACAUCUCUGAUCUUCAGACGUACCUCCACGAGUUGGUAGAAGACGAGCGCAUUUCGUCAAUGUCGUUCCACGAUGUUUACGAGAGAUUGGUGCUUGUCUUGUUGCAUUCACCAGAACAGAAGAAGAAAAACAGUGGUAGUAGUAAAGACCAUAGUUUCUUGCCUCCAAAGAAGAUUAACAAGUCUGUCCUUCCGAUCAACGGUGGUACAAUCGAAGAAAGAGUAUCCUUUUUCAUCUACUGUUUGCGAAAGCUUUUGCCUGAGCUCUCACAAUUCUUCCACGAAGAACAGAUUCUCAACAAGUUUGGCUCGCUGGACGAUGAGUGGUUGAUCUGGUGGUUGAAGUUUGGUGGUGCGAAGGUGUGGUCCAAGUACGAUCGUGGCAGAAUCUGGGACUUGCUCUUGGGCUGGAGGUUGAAAAACCCAAAGAAAAACACCUUAUACUAUGUAGAGAAGCUUGACAACAUUGAUAAGAAGUCGCUUGCUAAGUUGGGACCAGAUAUAUUCUGGUCUUUGAGCAACGAUGAGAGCUAUGGAGCUUCCAAACCAAACAACGAUAUGAGAAGAAACUCGUUCAAGGACUUGGUGGAGGAGUUGAACAACGACUUGCUUCUCUCGAAGCUUGACACCAAGACAGACUCAUCUACGUUGUCAUCUAGAAGAGCUUCAGAAGCCAGUUCUACGACUUCAGCGGUCUCUCAGUCAACUGCCUCUUCACAGACUACCAUCGGUGAUGUGGCGGUUCCUUUUUCGAAGCUUGAUGCUCACAUAGAAUUGAUUUUCAUUUCGUUGGCGUUGCUUAAGUCAAAGGAAAACCUUCUUGUAGAGCUUGACCAGCACGAAAUCAGACAGCUUUUGCUGAGACUUCCUUCCAAAUCUUACAAGUACAAACAGAAGAAGCAGUUCGUUAAGCUGCUGUCUGACAAGACCAACGAUAAUACAUACAAUAUCAUUAUAUCCAAUGACUCGCAACACAAUCAUAAGGUCGACUUCAUGGACAAUAUCAUCAACGAAGCAGGUGAAUUGUGGAGAAAGUGGCUCUGGCUGGAGAUGAUUGAGGAUAGCUAG